AUGUCCUUGAUGGAACCGCAGUCCCAGGCCCAUGGGAUGGGGAAACAGCCCAGCGCCGAUGAUGUCUAUGAGCGAGCCCUCAGCAGUCGCGAUGGGGACCCGGAAACCGUCAGUGGCUGUGACAGUGAGCCUGAUGACGUGGAUAUCGAACGCAUCUACAGGAAACUGGAUUGGCGCAUCAUCCCCGCAUUCUGGGUUCUUUAUUUCCUCUGCGCCGCCGUCCGGUCCAACGUGAGUCUGGCACAGACCAUGAACACCACAGCCGGCCACGACCUGGGAUCUGUCCUUCAUAUCUCGCCGCAUCAGAUCUCCACCGGUCUGGCUCUGUUCUACGUGUGUUACGUCGUCUUCGAUCUGCCGUCCAACCUGAUCAUGACCCGUCUGAGCCCGCAUGUGUGGAUGAGUCGUAUUGUCAUUAGUGUCGGUGUUAUUGGAAGCUGCAUGACGGCUAUGAAAGCCGCAUGGAGUCUAUACCUUCUCCGUCUCCUCUUGGGUAUUGUCAUCGCAGGCAUGUGGCCCGGCAUGACCUACUACCUCACCCUUUUCUACCCUCCAACCCGAACCGGCAAGCGCAUCGGUCAAUACUACACCGCAGCCCAGGUAUCUGCCGCGGUUGUCGGUCUGGUUUCGGCCGGUUUCCAAGAGAUGGACGGAGAGCGUGGUCUGGUGGGUUUCCAAUGGAUGUUUCUCGUCUGGGGCGUCAUCACGAUCGCGUGCGGCAUCCUCCUCCUCUGGUGGCUGCCUGACCGGCCUCUGCCUCCGGGAACUGAGCCCCCAACCCGCAAAUACCUUUGGUGGUUCCCCCGCAGCCGCCCUGCCCUGACCGGCCGGGAUGCUGAGAUCCACUACCACGACCUCAAGCGCGUCUACCACCGCGCACAAUGGACCUGGAAGGAUCUACUGUAUGUCUUCCUCGACUGGCGCCUCUGGCCGCUCCUCAUCAUGUACUUUGGCGUCGUGGGCGUGGGUAUUGGCGUGCAGAGCUACGCCACGGUGAUCAUCGAAGCCAUCAACCCGUCUCUGAGCAGCAUCGACCUGAGUCUGCUCUCCGCUCCUAUCUGGAUCAUGGACCUAAUCGCCAUCGUCCUCGUAACCCCCUUCUCCGACCGCUUCCACCGCCACCGUGCCGUCUUUUUCUCCAUCCCCGUAUUACUCCAAAUCCUCGGGCUCCUCCUCACCACCUACGCCGGCAGCGACACUAACUCCUGGCCGCGCUACGGCGGCCUCCUGAUCGUGGGCUUCGGCCUCGGCCCCACCGUCCCUAUCACCAUGACCUGGACCGCGGAAGUGUUCCAGAACCGCCAUGGCGAGGUCGGCGUUGCGGCCGCCUCCGCCGUCGUCUCGGGAUGGGGCAAUCUCGGCAGUAUUCUGACCACUUACGCGCUGUACUCCGGCUGGAAGAGCGACUACGAGGCCCCAGGGCGGGCCAAGUACCGCAAGAGUAACCUCGUCAUGGUCGGGAUCCUCUGUGCUAGUAUUCUUGCUGCGGUUCUCAUGGAGGUUUUGCUCCGCGUGAUCGAUGGUCGGAAGAAGGACGAUGCGCAUGAUCCCGAUAAGAUUGUGGAUGGUGCUGCAAGGCGCGAGGCGCGCCAGAGGGGCUUGGAUGGCUUAGGGUCUAGCGUGCUUGGGUUUUUUGGCAAGAAGUCGACUUAG